AUGAAGUACUUUCUUCUGCCAAUUCAUUUAGCAUUUCUCUGUAGCUUUGCACUAAGUAAACCCGUCCAGAUAGCUACAAGAAAGAAUGACUUAGGUAGUGAAAUAGCUGUGUAUGAAGGAGACAUCCUCUUGAGAAGAGGGAGACGCAGUGCAAUUAACUGUGACAAUUGUUUAUGGCCCAAGUCACAAGAUGGACUGGUCAAGGUUCCAGUUAACAUCUCUUCUGAUUUCUCAAUAACUGAGAGGUCUUGGAUUGUUGAUGCUUUGCAAGAGAUCUCCACACUGACCUGCGUGCAGUUUGUAAAUCGCACUACAGAAACAGACUAUGUUUAUGUUGAACGAGGGCAGAGCUGCUGGUCUUACUUUGGAAAGAUUGGAGGACGUCAAGCAGUAGGCCUGGUGAAAAAUGGUUGCAUGGAUAAAGGAGCAAUUCAGCAUGAAAUGAACCAUGCACUGGGUUUCAUCCAUGAACAAGCACGGAGUGAUCGGGAUAGGUUUGUCAAGAUUAUGUGGGAACACAUAGUGGCAGGGGAACGAGGGAACUUUGGAAAAAUGAAUUCCAAAAACCUGGGCCUUCCCUAUGACUACUCUUCAGUGAUGCACUAUGGCGCGUAUGAUUUCUCCAGUACUCCAGGAAAACCAACUAUUGUACCAGUUCCUGACCCCUCUAUACCUAUUGGGCAGAGAGAAGGGCUGAGUAACUUGGAUGUAGCUAAAAUCAACAAGCUCUACAAGUGCAAUUGCUGUAGCUUUGUGUUGCCUAAACCCAAGGGCUCGUUCUCCUCUGCCAAUUACCCAUCCCCAUACCCGAACAACAGCAAUUGUCUGUGGCUGAUCCGCAUCCGUCGAAGUAAGAUUUUCCUGCAGUUUGAGGCUUUUGAUCUCCAAGGCUCCUUGGACUGUUCUUCUGACUAUAUAAAAAUUUACAAUGGCAACAGCAAGAGCUCCCCUGUCUUGCUGGACAAGUACUGUGGGAAGGGUCCACUGCCCUCCUUAGUGGCAUCUGGAUCGACAAUGCUGGUAGAGUUUGCAAGUGAUGAGAGCAUUACAGCUACAGGAUUCAGAGCCUCCUACAACAGAGUGAAUUGUGGAGCAACUUUCAGAGAUUCAAAGGGAGUCAUCACCUCCCCAAACUACCCCAGUAAAUACCCCAAAAACCGAGCAUGUUUCUGGGUCAUCACUUCUCCAGCAGGAUACAAGAUAUCUCUCAAAAUGUUAUCCUUUGAGCUGGAAUAUAGUGACAGAUGCAUCUAUGACUACUUGCUCAUACAUGACGGAAGCCGCCCUACAUCACCUGCAGUUGGCCCUUAUUGUGGGACAGAGAAGGUUGCAGACUUUACUUCUACUGGUAACUUUGUGCUGGUUGAAUUCCACAGUGAUUUAGUGUGGGAGCUGCCUGGAUUUGUGAUGAGUUAUACAUUUGCUAGGUAA